CCCCCUGAGGCCUCGCCCCUUUCCCUUUCCCAAGAUGGCGGCGCCUGAGACGGCGGAGGCGGGCGAGGAGGGCGCCGUGGACGCGGCCCACGCCGAGGUGCUGCAGCUGUGGCAGGCCGGCCUGGCGCGCCUCGUGAGGGACCCGCUGCUCUGCGACCUCCCCGCGCAGGUGACCCCCGAGGAGAUCGGCUCGCAGGUGGCGCUCGAGUACGGCCAGGCCAUGACGGUGCGCGUGCGCAGAGCCGACGCCCCCGAGGCCCCCAUGCCCGUGGUGGUGGUGCAGAAUGCCAGUGUCCUGGACCUGAAGAAAGCCAUCCAGCGAUUUGUGCAGCUGAAGCAGGAGCGGACAGGGGGCAUCGAGCACAUCAGCUGGAAGUAUGUGUGGCGAACAUACUGCUUAACGUUUGGCGCAGAGAAGCUGACAGACGACAGGAAGAAGCUGAGAGAGUACGGCAUCCGAAACCGAGAUGAAGUCAGCUUCGUGAAAAAGCUCCGGAAAUGAGCAGCCAGGUGCCCAUUUCUGAAAUGGGGAGAGGCCAGUCUUUGAAAGCCACAGCCGUGACCCAGGAGCACUUGAGACUUGCUCUGCUUCUGUCUGGUCAGCGACUGCGUCACCCAAGGGACCACUGCUGCUGGAAGUGGUUUUGGACCCAGGAGGGUAAAGGUGUUUCCUGUGAGGCUGGCAAAGGCAGCUAUGAGUCCAGGUUGGAAGAGAGGGGGCUGUCUGUGAACUGGGCAGAUUUGGGAGCAGCAGCCACACAGCAGCAGGUGCCCACUGGGCCCAGCCAAAGGCUCCCACCCGCUGGAGGCAUCAGCCUUCGCUGGACUUUCAAUAAAGUGCAUGAGCAAAGGGA